GUUGCCUGGUAAGUUUUACCAUCCACGGUACGAAGUAGGGAGCCUUGUGCUUGACUGCUGCAAAAAACAGUACAAAGUCAUACGUUAAUAGUCAAAAAGACGUUUCUCCUUUAGGUCGGGUAGGAAAAACAGACCGUGCAAGAUGUCCGUCGCAGGAUUUAAGAAGCAGUUUUACAAGGCGAGCCAGAUGAUGAGUGAGAAAGUUGGAGGUGCAGAAGGGACCAAACUGGAUGAAGACUUUAGGGACCUUGAAAGGAGAGCAGACAUUACCAGCAAAGCAGUGGUAGAUGUCAUCAAUAAAACCACAGAGUACCUGCAGCCUAACCCAGCAACAAGAACCAAACUGUCCAUGCUCAACACAGUUUCCAAAAUCCGUGGACAGGUGAGGAGUCCAGGCUACCCCCAGCCCGAGGGUCUCCUGGGGGAAUGCAUGAAUAAAUAUGGACGGGAUAUGGGCGAGGACACCAACUUUGGUGGGGCUCUAGUAGAUGUAGGGGACACAAUGAAAAGACUGGCUGAGGUCAAGGACUCUCUGGAUAUUGAUGUGAAACAGAACUUUAUUGACCCACUUCAGGGCAUUGCUGAUAAGGAUAUCAAAGACAUUCAGCACCACCUCAAGAAGCUGGAGGGUCGACGUCUUGACUAUGACUAUAAAAAGAAACGGCAGGGUAAAAUUCAAGACGAAGAGAUCAGGCAGUCGUUGGAGAAGUUCCAUGAGUCCAAAGAGAUGGCCGAGACCUCCAUGCACAACCUACUGGAAACAGAUGUGGAGCAGGUGAGUCAGCUGUGUUCUUUUGUGGAGUCUCUGUUGCAGUACCACAAACAGGCCUCUCAGAUACUGGAGGAGCUUUCUGACAAACUGAGAGAAAGAAUGAACGAUGCUCAAAGUCGUCCAAGGCGUGAAUACACACCCAAAGCCAGACCGUCAUUUGACUAUGAAGAUGAUGAACAGUCCAAUGGAGGCUACUCACCACCUGCAACAAGUCCUACAGCUUACGCUCAAGCCCCAACACAGUAUCAAGGUCCGUCCUUCCAGAGAAACUCCACCAAGGGCAAGCGGACUGAGCCAUGCUGUAAAGCAUUGUAUGACUUCGAGCCAGAGAACGACGGAGAGCUGGGCUUUCACGAGGGUGACAUCAUCACUUUGGUCAGUCGAAUUGAUGAGAACUGGUUCGAAGGAAAAAUCCGCGGAAAAUCCGGAUACUUUCCCAGCAACUAUGUUGACGUCGUGGUGCCUCUGCCACGUUGAGAGGAGCAUCGCAAGAUGGAGCGUAAAUGAGGGGAUAAUAAAAGGUUUAUCACAUCUCAGUAACCAAAAAAUAACACUUUGUAGUUGCAUUGAAAGGGCAAAUAUCUCAAGAAAUGGACCAACUUUUUUAUAUCUAGUAGUUAUUUGAGCAACGUUUUGGCGAGCGUAGAGAUGGAGGGAAUAUCAAAGGUCAUAACACAUAAUAAUGGUGUAAUAUGCUGAUAUUUAUUUUAGUUACACCCGUGCACUUUAUACACUACACAUCUGUGGUCGGAACUGAAGAAGUGGGAGAAUGAAACGUGUAACUACAUUCCUGUUCAGCAUUUAUUUUCGUCACCUAUUUUCUAAUCACAUUAUGUUGAUAUUGACACUACACACACUCUGUGCCUGAAGGCUCGAUGUUGGAGUAAACUGGCUGUUCAUGUGGUUGAUUUAAACUGUCCUCUGCUGCCGUCUGGUGGUGCUAUAUAUAAGCGGUACUGUCACAUCUUUUUAUUUCUUAACCAGCUGAUUUGAGCCAGUCAGAUGAUAUUGUAGGUCCUUCUUGUUGGCUAAAAUUAUGCUUAAGCAAAAUGGUAUUUUACAGUAAAUUUCUAUAGGGCAGGGGAUCCACAGAUAAACCUGUUUUUAAACGUCCAUUUAUUAUAUCAUUGAUUAAUCUUAGCAUGUCUGUUUUUAUUGCACACUCCAGCCCCGUGUCUCUUGAUGCUAAUACCAGAGGAAAGAUGCACACCGCUGAUGUUUUUCAUUAUAAACGUGUUUUACUAGAUGCCUGAUGUGCUCAAUUCUGGAACUCGAAUAUUAUAUGAUAUAUGUUAUUAUAUGUUUUCUGGUUGUUUGUUACCAUUAGGUCAAAGGUGGUGCAGCACGGCCUACCCUCAAAUGUUAAGCACCCAACCAAUAUGCAUUUGCUCCUCGGUUUCUGUAUUUUCUCAGGCUGUACUGAUGCUGCUGGCAGUGUCGCUUUUUUGGCUCUGAAAUUUCAAUCUGUGAUUUAACCCCUUCACGCUGGAGCGAGCUUGGCGUUUAGUACUUUAACCUGUAAUCUGAAGCAUGGAAAUUGACCUGAUGUGUACUAUGUGUUUUGUGGAUCUGCCUCAGUUUUCAGGCUGACAGCUCAUGACAGCAGAUGCAAGCGGGCCAACUAUUGUGUUCUGAAAUGACUAAUAAUAAGCAGUUCCGCAUCCAAUGGCUGGUUUCAGUUUCAAUCAAACCUGUACAGGCAGACUAUCAACUGUGAGGGUUCGUUCUGUUCAGUAAAAUUCCAGCUUUUCUCCUGUUGUCAUGAUCCCCUUGUUAGACCGCCCCCUGCCCCACUCAUCUCUCCCAUCUCCAUUUUACACUAUGAGCGGAACAGACAGGUCUUUUCAGCAGGGCCGGGCACCCAGCUGUGGAUUACGCCCUCCCCCCUACCCUUUAUUCAUCACCUGCCCCUGUGUUCCUCCUCCGCUUCUCAUUAUCUGCUCGGUGCCAGUCCCAUGGUGCAUCUAGAGCCCCGUCUCCUUGUCCAUCCCUGGAAUAAUCUCCUCAUUGUUACCGCAGUAUGUGCCUCUUAAUAUUACGUUUGCAUGUUAUUUAUGUAACACACAUGUAAGGCCAGAGGGUUCGGUUCAGGUGUGGGUUUAGAUGUCUCAUUGCGCCAAAUCGAAAAGCCCAGACAUACAGGGGGGAAAGAAUGGUCUCGGCUCAGGAUGAAUUAUUGUGUAUCUUUGUAUUUUGCGGACAAUGUCAGAACAAAGGGCUAAGAUCAAUUUCAUUUCUUACAACACUACGUUCUGUAUCACAUAUGUACCCUUAACAUCCAAACAUUGUAAUUUGCAUGAAGUAUUAUAAUGCAUAAUUUAAUUAUACAUAGUCAUAGUAUAGAGGCCUUUGUUACGAUGUAAGUGCUCUGCAGUGUAUAUUAAUUACAGCUUCUAUGUCAUGGUAUGCCUUGUUUUUGGAACUGUGACUCUGGGGAGACUAAACGUGGGAUUAUCCUGGAUUAUCUUUAGGAUACAUGGAUUACCUCUAUACUAAGUGUAAUCUUAAACAUGCUGUGUUUUUCUUACUAUAUAAAGGCUAUGGAUAUAUUUUGUUUUUUUGUAUUUGAUGUUUUUUUUUUCAAUAAACGUGUAUCUUUGAAGUUACAA